CUGAAUUAUUCUUCUCUAGUGGAAAAAAAAAAAAAGACACUGAGUGAAACAGUGAGAGAAAUAACUUUGAGUAUUGUGUAACCCGCUCGCUGCCCAAGAUGGUGAAGCUGGAUAUACACACGCUGGCUCAUCACCUCAAGCAGGAACGACUGUAUGUAAACUCAGAAAAGCAACUUAUUCAAAGGCUCAAUGCAGAUGUAUUGAAGACAGCUGAAAAGCUGUACCGCACAGCAUGGAUUUCCAAGCAGCAAAGGAUUAACUUGGACAGACUGAUCAUAACAAGUGCUGAAGCUUCCGGCUCAUGUUCAGCUGGCUGUCAACCAACACCCCCAGAUCCUUUUCUGCCAGGCAAGUUGGGAUUUCAGGAGACUGCUUAUGGAGAAUUCCUAAACAGAUUGAGAGAGAACCCUAGGCUUAUUGCAUCCUGUCUGGUUGCUGGAGAGAAGCUCAACCAGGACAACACUCAGAGUGUCAUUCACACAGUCUUUACCUCCAUUUAUGGCAAUUGCAUCAUGCAGGAGGAUGAGAGCUACCUUCUCCAGGUCCUCCGUUACUUGAUUGAAUUUGAACUCAAGGAAAGCGACAAACCUAGGCGGCUCUUGAGACGAGGCACCUGUGCAUUCAGCAUCUUAUUCAAACUUUUCUCUGAAGGACUCUUUUCUGCAAAACUUUUUCUUACUGCAACUUUACAUGAGCCAAUCAUGCAGCUUCUUGUUGAAGAUGAAGACCACCUGGAAACUGAUCCAAACAAGUUAAUUGAGAGAUUCUCCCCAGUACAACAGGAAAAGUUAUUUGGAGAGAAAGGCACAGAAAAGUUCAAGCAAAGAGUCCAAGAGAUGGUUGACUCCAAUGAGGCCAAGCUGGUGACCUUGGUGAACAAAUUCAUUGGCUAUCUCAAACAAAAUACUUACUGUUUUCCUCACAGCUUGAGAUGGAUUGUGUCACAAAUGUACAAAACUCUCUCAUGUGUAGACAGGCUGGAGGUCGGGGAGGUCAGAGCAAUGUGCACAGAUCUUCUUCUAGCGUGUUUCAUCUGUCCUGCGAUUGUUAACCCAGAACAGUAUGGGAUAAUUUCUGAUGCUCCUAUAAAUGAGGUGGCAAGAUUUAAUCUGAUGCAGGUUGGGAGACUUCUGCAGCAACUGGCAAUGACGGGCUCUGAAGAGGGAGAUCCACGUAUGAAGAGCAACCUUGCUAAAUUUGACAAAAGCUGUGUUGCUGCUUUCCUGGAUGUAGUUAUUGAUGGGCGUGCAGUUGAAACUCCUCCAAUGUCUUCUGUUAACCUUCUGGAAGGGUUGAGUAGAACAGUGGUUUACAUGACAUACAGCCAGCUAACAAUUCUGGUUGGCUUUAUGCGGAAUGUAAUGUCAAGCGAUCAACUUAAGGAAGAUCGGAUGGCUUUGGAAAACUUGCUGACAAACUUACCCCAGAACAAACCAGGGAAAAGCAGCAGCCUUGAAAUGACUCCAUAUAACACCCCACAACUUUCUCCUGCAACUACUCCAGCUAACAAAAAAAAUCGAUUACCAAUAGCAACUCGUAGCAGAAGUAGAUCAAAUAUUCUGAUAGAUCAGCACGGAGAUCAUGAAGGGUCCUCCCAGGAGACUAUCCCAGAAGUUCAGCCGGAAGAAGUGCUGGUGAUUUCUCUGGGGACAGGUCCACAGAUUACUCCAGGAAUGAUGUCAGAAAAUGAGGUCUUAAAUAUGCAGCUUGCAGAUGGCGGACAAGGAGAUGUCCCUGUUGAUGAAAACAAACUCCAUGGUAAACCUGAUAAAACCUUGCGCUUUUCCCUCUGCAGUGAUAAUCUGGAAGGAAUAUCUGAAGGUCCUUCAAAUCGCUCCAACUCUGUGUCAUCUUUGGAUUUAGAAGGGGAGUCUGUGUCAGAGCUUGGCGCGGGCCCCUCUGGGAGCAAUGGCGUUGAAGCUCUGCAGCUGUUAGAGCACGAACAAGCCACAACUCAGGAUAAUCUUGAUGACAAGCUCCGUAAAUUUGAAAUCCGUGAUAUGAUGGGGUUGACUGAUGACAGAGAUAUAUCAGAAACUGUGAGCGAAACUUGGAGUACAGAUGUCUUGGGAAGUGACUUCGAUCCAAAUAUUGAUGAAGAUCGUUUGCAAGAAAUAGCAGGUGCAGCUGCAGAGAACAUGCUAGGCAGCUUGCUGUGUUUACCAGGUUCAGGAUCCGUGUUGCUUGAUCCCUGCACAGGUUCAACCAUAUCAGAAACCACAAGUGAGGCCUGGAGCGUGGAAGUAUUACCAAGUGAUUCAGAGGCCCCAGACUUAAAACAGGAGGAAAGACUACAAGAACUGGAAAGCUGUUCUGGCCUGGGUAGCACAUCUGAUGACACAGAUGUAAGGGAGGUCAGUUCUCGACCCAGUACACCAGGCCUCAGCGUUGUAUCAGGUAUUAGUGCAACAUCUGAAGAUAUUCCUAAUAAGAUUGAGGAUCUCAGGUCUGAAUGUAGCUCUGACUUUGGGGGAAAAGAUUCUGUGACAAGUCCACCCAUGGAUGAAACGGCCCAUGGAGCCAGUCAGUUGACAUCUCCUCCUUCUCAGACAGAUUCUUUGCUUGCACUGUUUGACCCUCUGUCAUCAAAUGAGGGUGUAUCAGCUGUAGUAAGGCCUAAAGUACACUAUGCAAGACCCUCUCAUCCACCACCGGAUCCACCGAUCUUAGAAGGAGCUAUGGGAGGUAAUGAGGCCCGAUUACCAAACUUCGGGUCUCACGCUUUAAUUCCAACUGAUUUAGAAGCAUUCAAGCAGAGGCAUUCUUAUCCAGAGAGGCUAGUCCGCAGUAGGAGUUCAGAUAUAGUAUCAUCAGUUCGGAGACCUAUGAGUGAUCCUGGGUGGAACCGACGUCCUGGUAAUGAGGAGAGGGAGCUUCCUAUGCUGACCACCAACACUGGAGCAGCUGUUCUCGUGGCCGCAUCUCAGUCAUCGUCUUCAUCUCCCAGUAAAGACUCCUCUAGGGGAGAGAUUGAAGAACGAAAAGACAGUGAUGAUGAGAAGUCUGACAGAAACAAGCCCUGGUGGAGGAAACGUUUUGUAUCUGCCAUGCCCAAAGCUCCUAUUCCAUUUAGAAAGAAAGAAAAACAAGAAAAAGACAAAGAUGACAUGGUGCCUGACAGAUACUCAACACUGCAAGAUGAUCCCAGCCCAAGGCUCAGUGCACAGGCGCAAGCUGCAGAGGACAUUCUGGACAAAUACAGGAAUGCAAUUAAGCGAACCAGUCCUAGUGAAGGAGCCAUAGUAAACUAUGACAGUGCAGAGCCUAUUGGGGAUGGUGAGAGUAUGCAUGACUCUCCACGUGAUGAGGCUUUGCAAAACAUGUCUGCAGAUGAUCUCCCGGACUCUGCAAGUCAAGUAGCACAGCCACAAAGUUCUGCUUUCUCCUAUAGGGAUGCGAAGAAGAAAUUGAGAUUGGCUCUCUGUUCAGCAGAUUCUGUUGCCUUCCCAAUGUUGACACAUUCAACAAGGAAUGGUCUACCAGAUCACACAGACCCUGAAGAUAAUGAAAUUGUGUGCUUCUUGAAAGUUCAGCUAGCUGAAGCUAUUAACCUCCAAGACAAGAACUUGAUGGCCCAGCUGCAAGAGACAAUGCGGUGUGUAAGCCGCUUUGAUAACAGGACCUGUCGAAAGCUGCUGGCAUCUAUUGCGGAGGACUAUAGGAAAAGAGCUCCAUAUAUCGCUUAUUUAACUCGAUGUCGCCAAGGCCUGCAAACAACACAAGCACACUUGGAAAGGCUGUUGCAAAGAGUUCUGCGAGAUAAAGAAGUGGCCAACAGAUACUUCACUACAGUAUGUGUGAGGUUACUGCUAGAGAGCAAAGAAAAGAAAAUAAGGGAGUUUAUUCAAGAUUUCCAGAAACUCACAGCAGCAGAUGAUAAGACAGCCCAAGUUGAGGACUUUCUUCAGUUCUUAUAUGGGGCUAUGGCUCAGGAUGCCAUAUGGCAGAAUGCCAGUGAAGAACAGCUUCAGGAUGCACAAUUAGCUAUAGAACGCAGUGUGAUGAAUCGUAUUUUCAAACUUGCGUUCUACCCUAAUCAGGAUGGAGAUAUUUUGCGUGACCAGGUCCUUCAUGAGCACAUACAGAGGUUAUCUAAAGUAGUGACUGCAAACCACAAAGCACUUCAGAUACCUGAGGUAUAUCUCCGGGAGGCACCAUGGCCAUCUGCACAGUCUGAAAUCCGCACAAUAAGCGCUUAUAAAACCCCCCGAGACAAAGUACAGUGUAUCCUGCGAAUGUGUUCAACCAUCAUGAACCUGCUUAGUCUGGCAAAUGAAGAUUCAGUACCUGGGGCAGAUGAUUUUGUUCCUGUUCUGGUCUUUGUCCUCAUAAAGGCAAAUCCACCUUGCUUGCUGUCCACUGUUCAGUACAUUAGCAGUUUCUAUGCCAACUGUUUAUCUGGGGAAGAAUCAUACUGGUGGAUGCAGUUCACAGCAGCAGUUGAAUUCAUUAAAACUAUUGAUGAUCGCAAGUAACGCAAAGAGCACAUGUAUGGGCAGACUGUUAGCAGAAGAAGAGUAUGUAAGAAUGUACAACAGCUGCAAAAGCUGAAGAAGAGACUUUCCUUGUAUAAUACUGUACAGAAUUGAGGCAUUUUAAAACACACCUUUACUAAUCAAAUUAAUUUAACAGAUUUUCCUCUUCUCUUUUGGUUGCGUUUUUCUCCCCUAUAGAUACUGGCACUGCAAAAGGGACCACAGUUUUUCAGGUAUUUUGAAAUCUCAAAACAUGCAGAAAAUUCUUCAUGCUUUUUCCACCACCCCUCUUCCUGAAUUCUUACUCACGUGAAUAAUUCACUUCAUUUAAUUUCUAAUAGAAAACUGAAACAAGAAGAAUCAGGGCAACCACUUAGUAUACUUUCUAGCUUAAUACACCUUUUAUUAAUAAAACACCAGCCACACUGAAAGUUUGUAGUAGCUGACAUUAGUUAUCAAAUUGUAUUUCACCUAAAUUUAAAACUGAGAGGACAGUGUAAAUAUUAUAUGCCUAUAUUUAAUGCAUUGCAAUUAUCUUUGGACUCAUUAUCCUUUGAAUAAACAAGCAAAAGCCUCUGUGACCUCUAACAGGUUGUGACAUACUCUGUUUUGGUAAUGAAAGGACUUCCUCGAAAGGCUAAGAUUAAAAAAGGGCAAACUGAACUAUUUAUUAAAAUGUAAUUAAGAUUACUGAAAUUUCUAAAACUGGAAUUUAUAAUAGACAGGGCUUAUUAGAUAGCUAAACACUUUUUGGCUAGGGCAUUAGGGUGUUAUAAAGGUUUGGAUAUAUAGAGGAGAGGGACUGUAAGUUACAAUAGAGAAGUCUAAUAUAAAACAGGAGAAAUAAAAUACCUUACUGUAAUAUUUUUUUCUGAAAUAUUGUGUAUACUGUACAAACCCCAAACAGAGAUCCUUAACAGAACCUUGGACUGUAAUAUAUAUUUUGAUUAGUGACAUUAAAUACAUAUGCCAGGGGUUUCAGUGAAUGUUUUUACUAAAUGUUCUUCGUGUUGUCUGCUAUGCAGCAGUGCAAGUUUUACUGUUCAUAUAAAAUAUUUUAAAAUAUAACACUGUUCUUUAUGAAACAUAUCAUGACAUCAGUUCAGGGUGUUUUAUAGAUCUCUCACCCCACCUUUCCCUUAAACUGACAAUUAUCAGCUUAAAGAAGUUUUUAUGCACAACACCACAUGGAUUUUUCAUGAGUGAAAUGGUCUGAGUGAUGGCCAGUGGUUGUUAUCUGUAUAUAAGCACUUGCCGUUCUUUUUUAGCUAGAAUUACAGUGAAAAAGGACAGCGAGCAUUUAACUUUUUCAUGUCAGUAUUAUUUCUUGCUCUUCCCAGAGUGUUCAUUGCACUUCUGACAGAGGGAUGUGUUAAGACUUGGUGUCUGUGAGUGGUAAAGAAAACAAAAUCUUUCUCGCAUUCUUUUCAAAAUAUGACUGAUUUUUUUGUGUGUGUGUGCAUUUUGAUGAUUAAAACCUGUAAGCAAC